GUGGACGACUCCGUCCGCCCUUAAAAAGUGGUGCGUUACGGAGCUCGCUUGGAUCGCGCCCUCCAGACCAUUCACAGGUUCCCACUAGGAGGGUCUGAGCCCUGGGAUCUCGAGGCACCCGGAAUUUUGAUUUUUGGGGCAAACUACGCCGAGAAAGUGCGAAAAGAGCCCUCUGCGUCCAUAGGCGGGGGGCUGCAGGGGCAGAAAAGAGGCUCGUUAAGGGAGCAGGAUCGACGCGGCAGGGUGUACAGCCCAGGCCUGAAGCAACGGUAAGGCCUACCGCAUCAGGGAUUCCUCUGCGCUUUGGGGGGAGAGGAAGCAGUGCCGGGCUAUUGCAGCAGCGCCCGUGGCGGUGCGGCAAUAGUGCGGGGACGGCAUUAGGUCGUGAGAGAGGAGAGCCGCGGUGGAGCGUGACUGACACUCGACACUUGCUGUUCGAACGAGAGAGAGAGCGCGGGGAGGGAGAAGCAGCGUCAUGCCGUCUCAGUUCAGCUUCUCGUCAGCGCGGUUAUGCCGCGUCCAGAAACUACAGUUCGGGAUCCUUAGCCCAGAUGAAGUGCGUCAGAUGUCGGUGUUGCAGAAGGUCAAGGUCAACGACGUCGACAUUCCAGAGGGCGUCACAAAGUACGACCUUUACAAGGAUGGGAGCGCCGUAUACGGGGGCGCCAACGACCCGCGCAUGGGUACCCUGGAUUUCAACACCCGGUGUCGCACCUGCGAUUGCACCUACACCGGCAUCGGAGGGAACCAGGUCAACGACUGCCCCGGGCACUUCGGGCACAUGGAGCUGGCGAGGCCGGUGUACCACUGCGGGUUCCUGGACGUGACACUCAAGGUGUUGAGGAGCGUUUGCUUUCACUGCUCGCGCCUGAGGUUCGACAAGUCCGACAUGAAGUACAAGCGAGCCCUGCUUAUCAAGAACCCGAAGACGAGGCUGAGCUACAUCCACGAGCACUGCCGCAACGCGAAAAAGUGCGUCUUCGGGACGGGUGAUCUGGCGGGCGGCGGGAUGGACCUUGACGGCAUGGGCGGGGAGAACGGGGGGGAGGGGGGGAGCGGAGGAGUGGAACACGCUUCGGGGUGCGGCGGACUGCUGGUGGAAGUCGAGUACCCGCCCGAUAUGGACGAUGUGCCGAGGUCCGGCGACCGCCGACAAUUCCUCUCGGCCUCCAAGGGCAUGCAAAACGUCGUCCCGCCCCCUACCUACGCCAAGGUGCACGAGAUAUUUAAGAACAUCAGCGAGGAGGACAUGGUCACCCUCGGGCUGAACCCCCAGUACUCGAGGCCCGAUUGGCUGGUCAUCACAGUCCUGCCGGUGCCGCCGCCGCACGUGCGCCCGUCCGUUGCGCUAGAUGCGGGGGCGCGUAGCGAGGAUGACCUCACUCACCAGCUGGUGAAUAUCUGCAAGGCCAACAUGAGGCUAGAGGCGUGCGUCAGGACGGGGGAGCCUGCGCACAUCGUCGAGAGCUUCGAGCAGCUUCUUCAGUAUAAGGUGGCCGCUUUGUUCGACAACGAGCGCGCGGGGCAGCCGCAGGAGACACAGCGGUCGGGGAAGCCGCUCAAGACCCUACGCGCGAGGCUAAAGGGGAAGGAGGGGAGGAUCCGGGGGAACCUCAUGGGCAAGCGCGUGGACUUCUCCGCCCGGACCGUGAUCACGGCGGACCCUAACCUGGGUAUUGAUCAGGUGGGCGUGCCGAAGUCGAUCGCUCUGAACCUGACGGUGCCGGAGCUGGUGACAGCGUUCAACGUGGAGGAGAUGGCGCAGCUUGUGGCGAGAGGUCCUCUCGAGCACCCUGGCGCAAGGUAUAUCGUGCGGCACGACGGCGUGCGAGUAGACCUUCGGUUCGUCCGCAACAAGAACAGCCUGACGCUGCAGUACGGCUACGCGGUGGAGCGGCACCUGAGAGACGACGACAUCAUCAUCUUCAACCGGCAGCCGUCGCUCCACAAGAUGUCCAUCAUGGGCCACCGGGUGAAGGUGCUGGACUGGUCGACUUUCCGGAUGAACCUCUCCGUGACGUCGCCGUACAACGCCGACUUCGACGGCGAUGAGAUGAACCUCCACGUGCCUCAGAGCCUUGUGGCAAAGGCGGAGGCUCAGGAGCUGAUGAUGGUGCCGAGGAAUAUCGUCAGCCCGCAGUCCAACAAGCCCGUCAUGGGCAUCGUGCAGGAUUCCCUACUGGGCGUCUGCAAGAUGACCAAGCGGGACACCUUUGUGGAGAGAGACCUCCUGAUGAACCUGCUCAUGUGGGUGGAGACGUGGGACGGGAAGGUACCUGCCCCGGCGAUCCUGAAGCCGAAGCCGCUGUGGACGGGGAAGCAGCUGUUCAGCCUCAUCUGCCCGAAGGUCAACUUGGAGACUUCGGCGAACGGGCAUCCCAAGGGCGCCAACCCUCUCAACAACUCUGACACGAAGGUGUUGAUCCACGAGGGAGAGCUGAUGAUGGGCAACAUCGACAAGAAGACUGUGGGGAGCGGCGCUCAGGGGCUGAUUCACGUCUCGUGGCUGGAGAAGGGCUGGGACGUUACCCGCCUCUUCAUGAACAUGGUCCAGAAGCUGGUGAACAACUGGUUGGUGGUGACUUCGUUCAGCAUCGGUGUGGCGGAUACGGUGGCAGACACGGAGACGAUCAUGACAAUCGGGGGAAUCAUAGACACGGCUAAGAGGAAUGUGCAGUCGCUUGUGGAGCAAGGUCAGAAGGGAGAGCUCACCAUGCAGCCCGGCAAGAGUAUGAUGGAGAGUCUAGAGUCUAGCAUUAACAAGGUGCUGAACACGGCUCGAGACGAGUCCGGUACCUCCGCCCAGGUUAGUCUCAACGAGCGCAACGCUGUGAAGGCAAUGGCUGACGCCGGUUCGAAGGGUUCCUUCAUCAACAUCUCGCAGAUUCUGGCCUGCGUGGGGCAGCAGAACGUGGAGGGGCAGCGGAUCCCGUAUGGGUUCAAGAGAAGAACACUUCCCCACUUCGCCAAGGACGAUUUGGGGCCGGAAAGUCGAGGGUUCGUGGAGAACUCUUACCUUCGAGGGCUUUCACCGCAGGCGAGAGCAGAGUUCUUCUUCCACGCCAUGGGAGGCCGAGAGGGACUCAUCGACACGGCGGUUAAGACGGCCGAGACCGGCUACAUCCAACGGCGAUUGGUCAAGGCCCUCGAGGCCGUAAGCGCCAAGUACGACGGCACCCUGAGAAAUCAGAACAAUCAGGUGGUCCAGUUCUUGUACGGAGAAGACGGGAUGGACGGCGUGUGGGUCGAGAAGCAGAGGUUCGACAUCUUGCUCAUGAGUAAGAAGGACUUCCGAAAAGCCUACGAGAUCGACGUUAACCACGCCAAAUUCGGCUUCAGCCAGCACGUCACCGGCCAGCGCUACCUCACGAGAGAGGUGGUGGAUGAGGCGAAGACAGACGAGACCCUCCGCAUAGAGCUGGCGGACGAGCUUGAGCAGCUUCGGAUGGACCAGAAGAACCUGGUCGUUAUUUUCGCGGCCAGGGGGCCCGAGGAGGGAGCCACACCCGUCGCACAGGUGCCGGUGAACAUCAAGCGCUUGGUGUGGAACGCUCAGAAGAUGUUCCAGAUCAAGCCGUACGGGGAGUCGGACAUGUCGCCGACGUACGUCAUCAGGCGCGUCCGAGAGCUUUGUGAGGGGCUCUCCGUGGUGACGGGAGAAGACUCGCUGUCCGUCGAGGCGCAGAGCAACGCCACUAUGCUCUUCAAGAUCCUGGUUCGUUCGGAGAUGUCGGCGAAGAGGACGCUCAUGGUGUACCGCCUCAACAAGGCGGCCUUCGACUACGUCAUUGGGGAGAUCCACGCCAAGUUCAUGUCCUCCAAGGUAGGCCCCGGCGAGAUGUGCGGCGUUCUGGCGGCGCAGUCGAUCGGAGAGCCCAUCACCCAGAUGACGCUCAACACCUUCCACUUCGCCGGUGUCAGCGCGAAGAACGUUACCCUGGGAGUGCCUCGAGUGAAGGAGAUCAUUAACGUGGCGAAGAACGUACGGACGCCGUCUUUGACGAUCUACCUGGAGGAAAGGGCGGCGGGAGCAGACGAGGCGGAGGGGCAGGAGGUCGCAAAGCGGGUGGUGGACAUUCUGGAGUACGUGACGCUGGGGGACAUCACGACGUCGACCCAGAUCUACUACGACCCGGACCCUCGAUCUACGGUGGUGGACGAGGACGUGGAGCUGCUGGAGGGGCACUUCGACAUCCAGGAGGAGGAAGAAGACGACAAGGAUACCGACAGAGCGAGGCCGUGGCUGCUCCGCAUGGAGCUCAACCGCGAGGCUGUGUUCGACAAGCGUCUGGACGUCGUGGAGAUCGCCAAGAGGGUUGUCGCUUACUUCGACGGGGGGCUGCACGUCAUCCGAAGCGACCAGAACUCGGAGAAGCUGGUGUUGCGGAUACGCGUCCUGGACGAUGUGCCCGACAAGACCGAGGCGGAGCCGGAGGCGGAGGACACUGCGGAGGCGGACGAUGUUGCGAUGCUCAAGCACCUCGAGAAGAACCUCCUCCGACUACAGCUGUCCGGUAUCGCUGGUAUCUCGAAGGUGUACAUGUCCGAGGUUACCAAGCCGAGGUUCGACGAGAUCAACGGCUUCGCGCAGCGGCACAAGGAGUGGGUGCUAGAGACUGACGGCACGAACCUCAUGGCGGCGCUGUGUGCGGAGCAGAUCGACCCCAGACGUACCGUGUCGAACGACGUAGUGGAGUGCUGCACGGUGUUGGGCAUCGAGGGCGCCAGAGGCUCACUUCUCAAGGAGUUCCGAGCCGUGGUGGAGAGAGACGGUUCCUACGUAAACUACCGGCACCUGAGCACCCUGAUCGAUGUUAUGACGUUCCGCGGCCACCUUAUGGCCAUCACGCGACACGGCAUCAACCGGGUGGACAACGGCCCGAUGCUCCGGUCGUCCUUCGAGGAGACGGUGGAGAUCUUGAUGGAGGCGGCGGUGUUCGCGGAGGCCGACAACCUCAAGGGGGUCACGGACAACAUUAUGCUCGGGCAGGCGAUUCGCUAACCUCGGUACCGGGACUAUGGACCUCCUCCUCGACGAGAGCAAGCUGUCGCAGGCGAUGGAACUCACCCAGCUCGACACCACCAUGGCCCGUCUCAGCGGCGCUGCGGGGAGCGGCACCGCCGGUGGGGCAGGCGGGUACAUGGGGACGCCGUCCAUGACGCCCGCGGGGACCCCGCAUUUCACGCCAGGGUUCAGCCCGGGCGCGAGCCCAGGGAUUAGCACACCUUUCGGCGCGAGCGCCUUCUCGCCGGUGGCGAACAGCCCCUUCUCGGGGGGGUCGUUCAGCCCUCACAGCUCGCCGGUGUCGCCCGGGAUGGGCAUUGGUUCUAGCCCUGCCUUCAGUCCGAGCUCGCCGCGGUACAGCCCGGACAGCCCGAGCUUCAGCCCGAGCAGCCCGGCGUCUCCGGCGUACAGUCCCA